AUGAUUGCAAGUAUUUUUCGUAAUUCACUAUGCUUAGAAGUCUUCAACCGACCUAUAAUUCUUGGGCUAACGGGUGUUUUCCGCGUUCCCGAGCAUCCCCUCGUUCCGACCGCGGGAUUCCUCAUUUCGACGAAAGUGGCCGAGAGUAUCGUAAGAGUGGUAGUACACGAGGAGAUCGCGAUCUCUCGCCUUUUCGUAACUAGGUAUCGUCACCGUAGUGAGUGCCAUGGGAGAUAUACGUGUAUGCGCACGUGCCUUUAUGUAAAAGGCCCAAGUAUAUGGUUACGCACGCCUACGUGCGGGCUGCGCUUACGGUUAUGAAGACGACGACGUCUCGAAUUAUUAUUGCAUACCGGCGGCAUGUAAUGUGCCUAUCGUGGAUCUAACAAUGUAACAGACAGAUGAAUAGAACAUCUGAAACAGAGCGGCAACGCUAAGAAUUCACGUGAUAAAGCUUUAAUUCUGAUUGUUAGAAAUAGUUAAAGUAUGUUUACGUUAACUGAUAAAAUAUUAACGCAAUCUGAAAUUGCUUAAUCGUAAUUUCAACUGCUUUCAGGAUAAAUAAAUAUGUCAUUAACUAUUGC